CCUCUCUCUCCACUUUACUAUAGACUACUGCUCUUUCUUUCGGUGGGCUUCAGACAAGAAGAAGAAGAAGAAGAAGAAGAAGAUUAGGCUUUAGAAAGGGAGAGAAUAGAUUUUUGUUUGUUUUAUGGCAGCUGAAGAAAGAGUCAAGAAAGAAGUGAUAGAAGAAGAAGAAGAAGAAGAAGAAGAAGAAGAAGAUGAAGUAAAAGAAAACCCUAAUAAGAAGAAUAUUAUGGUGGAUACAGGGAGAUGUUCAGUUUCAUAUGAUACGUCAACAACUACAUCUUCAGCUGCUACAAUAUCUGAUUCAAAAUGGGACUCAAACAAUCAGAUGGUUAAGAUCGAGCUUGAUGCAGCCAGAGCUUUAGCUGAUUUUGCAACAUUAGCACUGUUAGAGAGUGGAAAAAACAACCCUAGUUGUUGUUUUGGUGAUGAAUCCAGUAGUAGGAAAUGGGGGCACAAAGGAAGAAGGUCAAAAAAACGAGUUAAGAAUGAGAUAACAACUGGAGGAGGAGGAGGAGGGGAAUGGGGAAAGAACUUCGAAAGUAGCUCCAAGUUAAUGUCUUCUACUUCGGAUCUUCUUCAGCAAGACCGUUCAAUAGAGGCUCAGCCGUGGGAUAAGAAGGUCUAUGUGGAAAUAAAAACAGUAAAAGCUGAAGAAGAUUUUGAAUUGCCUGCUGCAACCCAUCCAUUUCGCAGAAAUUUUGGUGGAGGCAGGUCGAAGCAGCAUUUAACCGAGGCAGAGAAGGAAGCAAGAAGAAUACGUAGGGUUUUAGCUAAUAGAGAAUCGGCGCGACAGACAAUUCGUCGUAGGCAGGCUAUGUGUGAAGCAUUGACCAAGAAAGCUUGUGAGUUAGCAUUGGAUAAUGAGAGUAUGAAGCGGGAAAAGGAGUUGGUCAUGAAACAAUAUCAGUCCCUGAAGGAUUUUAACAAUCACUUAAAGAAACAGUUGGUUCGGGCAGAGGCUGGGACCGUGGAAGCCCCAGGACUUAGUUUGAAGGCACCACCAUUGUCCGAGAAUCUGCCGUCCGACUACAAAGGACCACCAUUUACAAUCAUCUGGCCGUCUGUAAUGCAACCUGUAAAUUCUGUCCGAGCGCAAUCCAUUUCUCAACAUGAUACUAAGGUGCAAGAUCCAGUACCACCAAUUAGCAACCCAAAUGCAUUCCAGGAACAGGGUAAUCAUUCAAGUGUUAAUGCACCAAAUUCUCCUUUCUAUAUACUUCCUUGCCCAUGGUUUGCACCUCUCCCUGACCCUGAUAUGGGUACAACUAAUAACUUCCCCGAGACUUCAAUCAGGUUAACUAAAUGUCAUCCAGAAGAGUUGGUGUUUUUCCCCGCUCCUUCAAGAUCUGCACAAGCAACGACAGUUGUCAAGAGUGAGAUCGAUCAGCUGCAAGAUUCCACCUUCAAUACUGAAUCUGCUUCUACCUCAAGCAUCCAUGUUUCAAGUACUUUCCCAGAAAGUAAACACGAAAUAGAUACCUAUGCAAAUAAGAAGCUGUUAGAUGCAGCUGCUGCAGCUGAAGCCAGAAAGAGGCGGAAGGAACUCACAAAGAUGAAGAACCAUCAAAGUCGACAAGUCAGACUGCGGUGCUGAGGUUUUAACACUGUUUUUGGCUAAUCUACAACCGUAAAGAAGUGAGAUGAUAUCAGCACAUGACCUUGUCGGUAGGAGCACUCCGUCUUGGGUCUCGACAAUUCAUAGAGGUGAUUGUGCAGACAUCCUCGUCGCACAUUGUCAUCAUACAUUUAUACAUUUCUUGAACGGCAAUAGAUUUGGUUACUUGGUCUGAGCUUCCUAAUGAAGAUGAAAUUGGAGAGUUUUUCGAUUCUCAGCGGCAACAGUUACUAAUUGUAAGAAGAGGAUUAGAUAUUUAAUCUUGAACUGGUUUGGAAUAGCACAUUAUACGGUUCCAACAUCUUUUAAUCAACAUUUCACUACCUAAUUAUGUACCUAAUCAACCCGAGCCUUAUGGUUGGUUUAGAGCUACAUUGUUAUGAGCUUGUAUGGAGGUCUUGCAAGUUUCUGAUCCAGAUUUUACUGUUA